AGGCUCAACUGCGCCACCUGAGCCCCCCCCCUCUCCAAACACACAUAGCCACGCACCCACGUUUCUUGAAGGCGGAAACGCUUUCACCCCUUCUCAAAAAGUACACUUUGUGUAGUUGCUCUUGUCCGUCAGUUUUACCGAAAGGCAACUCCUUUAGAAAACGCAAUGUCGUUUGCCCGCCGUGCAGUGCUCUUAACCGUCGGGUUGGCAGCGGGUGUUGGCUCGGCUCCGUACCUUUGCAAUACCAAGUCGGACCCAUCGCUUCUAUCGGGGAGGAUGUCGACUUUUAUGGAGCGUUUUGGUGAAGGGAAGUUGGAAGGAAUGCGUGCUGCGCGAAGCGCGAACUUUCUAUUAACAUCAACAUCAACGUCCACAAACGCCCAGAUCGAACACGCACCCCUUCUUUGCUUCAUAGGGCAUCUUUCGCGGUUCUUGGGCGUGGCAGCGGGUGGGGCAGCCGUUAUGGGUAGCGCCCACCGCACUGCUGCGGCUGCAUCAAGUGGGAAUGCGGCGGGGCUCGCCUCCACAGCAGAGAACGACACAGCUGCCGCCGACGUCGAGUGUGCGAUGGACACCUCGUCGUUUCGCGAAGUCCCCCACAAGCUCAAGGAUCGCUUUCUCCACUACGCCCAGCGCGAUCCCGCGUCGGGGGAGUUUGUGCUCACGCUGGACGGCUUCGUGCGCUGCAUGCUGCUGCUGCCCGCGACGGCGGCCACGGCGUCGGCACCUGCUCCGUUUUCGGCGGUGGACGACGACGACGUGGCGAACGGUGAGCAGCAACGGUGGACCUCUCCCUCUUCUUCGCCGUGGCUGCAGCGACUGCCCCCGGCCGUGCGCCGCCGCUUCCUUCAUUUCUUCCACUGCGUCGACAUCGACGGCACCAACGCAAUCGACUACGCCGAGUUUGUGGUUCUCUUCACGUUUCUCUCCACCCGGCGGCAGACCUUCGAGCGGGCCUUUAACGUCUUCGAUCUCGACGACAACGGACGCCUCAGCGAGCGCGAAUUUUGCCGGCUCUUGAACACCAUCAUCGUCGACCCCGCCGUGCAGGUGAAAUACACGCCGACGGGCAGCCAUUGGGCGGAAGAGGGAGGCGAGGGCGCGCCGCGCUCCACGUCAAGCCGUGCAGGGGAGUCGCGGCGCAGUGAACGGCAGCGCCAGCGGCACAAGCAUGAACUGAGUUUUGAAGUUUCAUCGCACCUGAUGCGGCCGCUGCUGUUUGGGCCGCUGCCGCUGCACAUCGGUGCGCCACCCGGGUCCACGUACUACACCGACGUCUCCGCGACAACGUCAGGACGGCGACGACCACCACUGCAGAUCACAGCCGCUGGUGCUUCGUUGGACGUCCCUUCACCACACAGCGGGCGGUAUACUACGGCAGCAGAGACAGGGAUCGUCAUCUCUGCCGCUCGUGAGGCGCCUGCAGGUGCUCCCUCGUCCGCCUCGUGGUGGGGCGACGUUGCCCGGAAAGUACAACAGGCGUGGGCGCCGCUGUUGUCCUUCGCCUCCUCUUCCACUGCUUCGUCGACUUCUGCUUCUGCUUCUCUUAGCCACACCUCAUCGGCUCGAAUGGCGGAGCUGCAGCAGAUGGCGGAGCAAGACUCGCUGCUCGAGACCGUCUCCUACCCAACGUUUCUCUACCGCAUGGACUACCUGCGCUGGGAGCUGCGCGCGAUUGAGUUUGGCCUGUGCGACCCGUCCAACAAGGGAUUUAUUUCGGUGGAGGACUGCCGUGCGUUGCUGCGGCGCGACCGCCGGGCUAUCACGGAGAGCACGAACACCGCCUCAACGGAGACCCGCGCCGCCACCGCGGACACAACGGAGAUGCAAUCCACCAAUGGUGCGGUGCGUUGUGCACCCGUGACGUGGCAGGAGUAUCAGAAGCUCUUCGACGUGAUUAAAGAGUCGAAUACGAUUCUGCCUGCGCUGCAACUCAUGUUGGACGCCCUCCCACCCGUGCCGGCGGAGGUGCUGCGGGGCGGUGCGAUCCCAGACGACGAGCUGAAGCCAGCCACGCUGGCGGUGCAGGCCGUGGUGCACCAAACGGUGCUGCGCUACAACAGGAGUGUGGAACACCAGAGCACCGCGAACGAGGUGGAGCCGGAGUUGAACAACGAAACGAAUGCAAGCAGUGACGGGCCGGAGAGAGCUGACACGGACGAUGAGGGCACCGCACGCGUCGUGUCGGAUGGGGCGGCCGCACAGGUGCGCUACAACAAGGAAAAGUUCGGCCUCUCUGCCGACCCCGCGCACUCGCCAGAGGAAAAGCAAAAGCGAGCGCGACGUCUGCAGGCCACGCUAGUUCGCCCGAGUGCACUCACCUGGAAGCAGUUCAGUCAAGUGCUCGCGGCCGUCGGUACUGUUCCGCGGUUGUCCGCGAAGGAGGAGGCGCUCUUUCGCACAUUGCUCGACGAUGAUGGGUCGGAUUCGCUUUCACCACAUGAAUUCGCGCAUCUGUGCACCAUGAAAGAAACCUUCUUCGCGGAACAAUUGCCCCGUUUUGACGAGCCGAAACGCAACACCGUGCAGCAGUUUUUCUUUUGCAUGCAACAACUGGAGUAG